CAUCACUACCGAUCGACACAAACAAACCCCCACCAAACAGCAGACACAAGCUAAGCGAAAAUGGAGGCGACGGUGCUGAGCGUCGGCAAGUCCGUGCUGAGUGGAGCGCUUAGCUACGCCCAAUCCGCCCUGGCCGAGGAGGUGGCCUUGCAGCUGGGAGUACGCCGUGAUCAGGCCUUCAUCACGGGUGAGCUCGAGAUGAUGCAGGGCUUCCUGAUGUGUGCACACGAGGAGGGGCGAGAUGGCAGAAGCAUGGUGGUCAAGAUCUGGGUGAAGCAAGUCCGUGACGUGGCAUACGAUGUCGAGGACUGCCUCAUGGACUUUGCCAUCAGGUUAGAUCACCAGCAGUCGUGGUGGCGUAUCCCUCGAAGGCUGCUUGACCGGCGUUUCGUGGCCAAGGAAAUGAAGGAGCUCAGAUCCAAGGUGGAGGACAUCAGCCAGAGGAAUGUCCGGUACCACCUCAUAAAGGAAUCAUCUGGGCAGCCAUUGUCUACCACUGCCACCAUCAGCAGUGAGGUGAUACUUCACGUCGCCGAAGCAAAGACACGAGCUGCACUUCACCUGGAAGAGGAAAAGGUGGAUCUUGCCGAGCUGAUCGCCAGAGAUGACCUUGGGCCAGCAAUCGCGGUGUGGGGAGCAAGCACCGAUGUUGGGGUCACAUCUAUCAUCAGAGCUGCCUAUGACAAUAAACAAGUGAAAGAUAAGUUUCAGUGCCGAGCCUGGGUAAGGCUGACGCAUCCCUUCAAUCCAAAUGACCUCUUUGUCAGCUUGGUGAGGCAGUUCUACCAAGAUUCAUGUGAAGAAUCUGGUAAAGCAAGCAUGCAAGGAGGAGGAACAGCCACUGGGCUGACAGUUCUGAAGAAGAUGGCAGCACCAGAUCAUAGUUUGGUCGAUGAGUUUAAUCGGUAUGUGACUGAGAAGAGGUACUUGGUUGUUAUUGCUGAUGUGUCUACCAUAGAAGAGUGGGACUGGAUCAAAACAUACUUCCCGAGAUUGAAUGGGGGCCGGAUUAUUGUGUCCACGCAGCAAUUUGAAGUUGCAAGGCUGUGCACUGAGCAGCCUUGCACAAUAUCAGAGAUAAAACAAAUAUGGUCAUUCGAUAAGGACUUAUAUGUCUUCUACCACAAGGCAGAGGCGGCUCGAAUCAAAGAGGACGGCAAGGCCGAGUCCAGCUCAAAUGGUGAGAUCACUAGCGCUGAAGAAGCCGCUCGUGAGAAACAGCAGCAUGCAGAUCAGAAGCCCACUGGUGCCAGUGUAGUGGCAGCCGCUUUGGAGGAAGAUCGGCUUAUCGACCGGGUGGCAGCAAAAGCUAAAGUUAUUGAUUUCAUCGAUCAAGAUGGCGAGGUGAUCAGCAUUUGUGGAAUGGGUGGUCUUGGGAAAACCACUCUUGUCACAAGUCUCUACCAACAAGAACUCAGUGGAAGGUUUCAGAGGCGCGCUUGGUUAACGGUGCCGCGUCUAAACCAUCAAGAAUUUUACAAUGAUUUGUUACAGCAAUUAUGUGUGGAUUUUCAUGGAGACAAAGAAAAGCACGUCACUGAAACACAACACGUCACUGAAACACAACAAGGUAACAAUGGAAAUGAGACACAACCAAAGAAAGAGCAAAAACCAGUUGACAUUUUGGCAAAGGUUUUAUUGGAAAACAAAUGCCUGAUUGUUUUUGAUGAUCUAUCAUCGACCAUGGAAUGGCAAUUGAUAAGGAAGCUCUUGCCAUCAUCGAAGGACAAUACCGCUAACCGGAUCAUUGUCACAACGCGGGAACUGAAUGUUGCAAUGUGUUGUUCGGAGAAAGAACGCAAAAUAUACAAUCUCGAGCUUCUAACUAAACAGGAUGCUCUCCGCCUAUUUGAAAAGAAGGUAUUCAAGGAUAUCGAAGAGAGGGAAAGUUAUGCUCAUAUUCCGGGCCUGGCUGAGCAAGCAAAUCUUAUAUUGAAGAAGUGUGACGGCCUCCCUCUUGCUAUAUCCACCAUAGGUAGCUUCCUGGCAACCAAACCUAAAACUGCUAUAGAGUGGAGGAAUUUGAACAAACACAUCAACGCAGAGCUAGAGAUGAAUAAAGAGCUUGAGAUGAUACAGACAGUCCUUGCUUCAAGUUACGAAGGUUUACCUUAUUAUCUCAAGGUUUGCUUCUUGUAUUUAUCCAUUUUUCCUGAAGAUCACCGCAUCAGAUGGUCUCGUUUGGUGAGGCGCUGGAUUGCAGAGGGGUAUUCGAGGCGAAUACGCGACAAGACUGCAGUUGAAACCGGGAACAGCUACAUCACCGAGCUUAUCAAUAGGAGUAUGGUCCGACCAUUACAAGGAGAUGGGAUUGCAAGUGGGAGGAAAGGUUUCUUGGACGUCCAUGAUCUCAUCCGUGACAUUGCAAUCUCAAAGGCAACAGAGGAAAGUCUUGUUUUUACACUGGAUGAAGGAUGUGAUUUAAACACCCAAGGCAAAAUCCGUCACCUUGCUGUAAGCAGCAGGUGGAAAAGAGAUAAAGAUGCAUUUGAGAGUACACUGGACUUGUCUCACUUAAGAUCAUUAACAGUAUUUGGAAGAUUGGAGGCAUUUUUCAUUUCUGAUAAGAUGAGAUUACUCCGAAUACUGGACUUGGAAGACACAAAGGGUCUGACAGAUCAACACCUCCAUCAGAUUGGGAAGCUUGUUCACCUAAUCUACCUUUCUCUGCGAGGAUGUGAUGGAAACUUGCGCCUGCCAGAUUCACUGGGUAAUCUGAGGCAUCUUCAGACACUGGAUGUAAGAGAUGUACGCAUAAUAAAUCUGCCAAGAACAAUUAUCAAGCUUGACAAGUUACGUUAUCUCCUUGUGGGCUUUGUACCACGGAAUGAUUACAAGGAAACAGGAGAAUGGGUUUGCAUGGAACGCAUAGGGUGGGCGCGUGACUUCUUGGAUGAAAGCCUCGAGCACAUCAGGGCCAUCUUCUUGCAUGUACAUUACGCCAUCUAUUACCAAAUACGUCGCGGCAGUCUCUGCAUCAGAGUCCGCUCCCUCUGCUUCUGCUGUCUGUUGCUUUUACUUUUUUCACCAUUUUGGUUACCAGUUUGCCUCUGCUACUUGAUGUUUCUCCCUGGGCGUUUCUUAUGGGUGCUUGCAAGAGAUGGUUGUGCCGGGGUGCCUGCUUACUUUAUGGGGAUAGAUCCAUCUGGUGUCAAAUUCCCAAGAGGAACCAGGAACCUCAAGUCUCUGCACACAGUGGGUGUUGUCAAUAUUGAUGGGGAAAAUGCCAUUCUUAAAGAGCUUCAAGAUCUUACCGAGUUGCGUAAGUUAAGAGUGACUGGUCUGAAUAAGAAAAAUCGCAGAAGCUUCUGUUCGGCCAUUGCCAAUCUCAAAUUCCUGGAAUCCUUGUUUGUGCGGUCAGAAGGGAAUCCUGGUCUAUCUGACUUCUUGGAUGGCCUGUCUGAGCCUCCAAAUAACCUUCAAAGCCUCAAGUUGUACGGCAACUUGGUCAGACUGCCGGCAUGGGUCGAAAAGCUCACAAAUCUCGUGAAGAUGGAGCUACGGAGCAGCCGCUUAUCUGGGGAGGAGGUUGGUACCACGCUGCAAGUCCUUGGCAAGCUACCAAACCUAGCAAUCUUACGUCUGCUGAGGGAGUCGUUCGAGGGUCAGGAGCUGUGUUUCAGCUUCAAAGAGAAUGCAUUUCCAAGCCUCAAGGUGUUGUCGCUGGAUGUCCCAUGGGGCAUCCAAUUGGUCAAGUUUGAAGACGCGGCAGCGACCAAUAAGAUUGAGCUGCUGCAUGUGGAUUUUCAUUCGCAUGACCCUAUGGAAGAAGCUUCGAUGUUUUCUGGGCUACCAUCCUUGCCAAGCCUAAAGGAAGUCGUACUCAGCCAUGCCACUAAACGUUUUAUGGAUGAAUUGCGAGCCCAGUUUGCUGGGAAGACAAACCAACCCAUUCUGAAGGUCAAGAGUCAAUUGGAUUGAUUCAAGCUGCUGUCUUUUCCCUGCGCGUACUGUUCUCCCUCCCAUUAUUAGGAGUUUCCUCUCAUCACCCAGUCUGUAAGACCUCAACAGGUUCACUUGUUUAUUAAUGUGUCAAAAAUAAUUAGCCUGCUCUGUUCAGCACUUUCAGAUAUAAUGUGGCACGGCCCUGGUGUUGGUUGCUGCUCACAGAUUUAUCUGGGUGAAUUGGAUGAGCACUAUUUAUGUUUUCCUUUGUAAACAUACUGAUGA